AUGACCGACCCAAACCCAACCUUCAACACAGAGCGUCAUGUCAAAUACUACCUCCGAUGCCUGAAGACCUUCCUCCCGUCCGCCUAUACCUCCAAUGACUCUAAUCGCAUGCUCCUCGCCUAUCUGACCCUAUCGGGAUUGGACGUGCUUGGCGUUCUCCAGAGCAAAACCACACCGGAAGAAAGACAAGGGUACAUCGACUGGCUCUACCAUUGCCAGGUGCCUUCAGGCGGGUUCCGUGGCUUCCCAGGCACAGACUUUGGGCCAGAAAAGAGAAAUAAGGAUAAUGAAGCUUGGGAUCCAGCUAAUGUCCCCGCGACAUUCUUUGCGCUAGUCAACUUGCUCAUCCUCGGGGAUGACCUGUCGCGUGUCAAGCGACGGGAGUGUCUUGAGUGGCUUCCCAAGGUUCAACGCGCCGAUGGAAGCUUCGGUGAGCUUGUCGGUCCCGAGGGGAGUGUAGGGGGGCCUCGUGAUUUGCGAUACUGCUGUUGUGCUGCCGGCAUACGGUAUGUCCUGCGCGGGCGGAAUGAGACGGGGCUUGAGGGUGUACCAGAUAUUGAUGUCCUCGGUUUUGUUUCUUUCAUCGAGGCGUGCCAGACGUACGACGGCGGCAUGGCUGAGUCUCCUUUCUGUGAAUCGCAUAGUGGACACACGUAUUGCGCGGUUGGGUCUCUAGAUUUCUUGCGCCGGACAUCUAAUGAUCUGAAAUCGCUGCCCCUACUAUCGGCAGGCUCCGAUCAAUUCGAGGCUUUAAUUACAUGGCUGGCUUCAAGGCAAACAGCCCAGUUAGAGGAACCCGAGGAGAGUGAAGAUGAUGAACAGGCCGAGGCGACAGAGACGGGGUCUCUCAAUGAUAGAGUCCGCGGGUUACCCAAUGUUCAAGCCCUCGAGCCUGACACAAUAUCAUGCGCCGGGUUCAAUGGCCGAUGCAAUAAAUAUGCGGACACAUGCUACUCAUUCUGGAACGGAGCGACACUGAUGAUGCUGGACCAAUAUUCCGUGGUCGAUGAAGUUCGCAAUCGUCGAUACUUGCUCGAAAAGACCCAACAUCUUGUCGGUGGGUUUGGGAAGGGACCCGGGGAUCCUCCUGACCUUCUUCACUCAUACUUUGGCAUGGUGUCCCUGGCUUUCCAGGGUGAGGCGGGACUCAACCCCGUCGAUCCCACGAUGGGUUCUAGUGAACGCACAGUCCGACAUCUUGAAUCGCUGCCUUGGCAAUCAUGAAGUAUAUAAUACCCGUGCAUGUAAUAUGAC